AUACGUGCGUCGCUCCUGGCACAUAGUUACACUUAAAGACCCAAAUUAUGUAGGAAAAAAAUAACAUCAGUAAUCCGGAAGGGGUUUCUGUGUUGGAACCGUCAUGGCGACGCUUAUUAAAAAAGACAAGAAAACUGUAAACCAAGAGGAAUUGCGCCGGCUUAUGAAAAUUAAACAGCGAGAGACUACAAACAAAAAUAAAGUCGACUCCCCUUUUGCUAAAUAUAACAGUCUAGGGAGCCUGUCCUGUACCCUUUGCAAAGUUCCAGUGAAGACAGAGCUGUUGUGGCAGACACAUGUCCUAGGGAAACAACACAAGGAAAAAGUUGCAGAACUGAAAAAUGUAAAACAAAAUGGACCUAGUCCUUCAUACCCUAACACUCCGGAGACGCCAGUCGGCAUCUCUGCAGUCAAAAGGAAAGCACUAGAAACCGAGUCUGACCAGAAGGUGAAGGUGGUAAAAAGUAUGACUGGUGGUACUACUUCCACAACUUCGAAUAUUUUAAGUGCCACCCCUAAGAGUAAACCUAUUAGUUUAUUGUGUGCCGAUUAUGAUGAUGAUGACGAUGAAGAUGAGGAAGCUGAUAAGCCACGGUCCAAUACAAAUCUGCCUGUUAACGAUGUUCCUAGUGGCCUUCCGUCCGAUUUCUUUGACAGCAGCAUCCCACCUGCUCCAGUAGUUUCUCAUUCUGGAUCUAUACAGAAAGCAGAUGAACCAGAAAAGACAGUAGAAAAGGUCAAAGAAAACACUGCAGAAGCUCUGCCCGAGGGAUUCUUUGAUGAUCCAGUAAAAGAUGCGAAAGUGAGGAAUGUGGAUACCCCGAAAGACCAAAUGGACAAGGAGUGGGAUGAAUUUCAGAAAGAAUUACGGCAAGUUAAUACUGUAUCGGAAGCUAUAGUAGCAGAGGAUGACGAAGAGGUACGACUAGACCGACAGAUUGGCGAGAUAGACGAACAAAUAGAAUGCUACCGUCGUGUUGAGCACCUUCGUGAUCGUCAGGACCUGUUAAAAAACUUUCUGAAAGAAGCGUCUAAAGCAAAACAUUCAGACUAUGAUGACUAUGAUGUUGGUGAAGAAGGGGAGGAUGAGCUACAGAGUUUGCUGUCGCGAGACUGGAGAGCAAAAGGAGUGUUAAUAUAGUCCGGUCCCAACUUUUUACUUACACUGGAAAUGUGGAUGAGACUGCACUUGAGAAUAUUGUAUUGGUUCCCUCAUGGAUUGUAGUGCACCUGAUGUAGUGAAGGGUAGCAAAGUAAACCAGUUUAUGAAGGAUAAGUGUUUAUAAUGUCAAGAGUUCUGAAAGUUAUAUUUGUUACUGAACUUGGUAAGCAACCCCACUACAAAACGCAUAAGCGCAUUAAGCAGGUCACACAGACAUCUUUUAGGAGACUUAAAAAUGUCGAAUGAAUGACCGUGUAGAAGUUUUUAAACACUUUUUAUUUUGUUAGUUUUUUUUAAAGAUGUGGUAUGAGGUAAACUUGCUUUUCGUGCAGAAAAGUAUAUCAUGUUGAGUCUCCUUGUGCUAUAGAAAAGAUAGUUACUAAUGCCAUAUAGAACUCAUAAAAUAUUUCUAGUGCACAGUGUGCCUCCAUGACAAGGGCCUUCUGCUGCUUAUUGUAUUUUCGGUUACGUAUUCAGUUUUGUUCUGUAGGAUGAUGAGAUGAAUUAACCAUGUAGCGGAACACAGUGAAGUAGCAGUACAUUCACAUAUGUUCCCCUUUGGUCAGGUGAGUAGUUUUGGGAAAGAAUGUCUGUUUUAUCUGAGAUAGGAAAGGCACUUGUUAUUUAGUAAACCAGUAAGAGUUACCAAGGGAGAAAUGUAUCUGCUCAGACAUUUGUUUUGGACUUCCAGUAAUGUGCCUGCUGCAGUGCAGUAACACACACUGGUGGAACUCUCAAGGAAUGGAGUCUAGAGACAAACUAUUGCGUCACAAAAGAUGGUGUCCUGCUAAGAGGUUAAAGUGCAUACAUUUGACUACAUUUAAGCAGUCAGUGUGACUCUUCUUGACUGGUCAUUUUUUCCAUUGACAUAAUGACAGCAAGCUUUAAGGAGGUACUGUGCUGAUAUCCUUAAGUACUUUGUGCCAUUCUUGUCUCUUAACCUGAGGAUGUGUUGGUCAGGCUACAUUGUACCAAAAUGUAAAAUUGUAUAUUUUCUACAUUGUACCAGAAUAGAAAAUUGUGUUUUUGUGGCGGAUUGUUGAAUUGUAUAUGUUUAUAUAGAGAAGUAUUUUCACAUAACCAUUUUGGUUUCAUGUCAUCAGUCUGACACUUAUGUUAAGUAUUAUGAGUUGUUAACAUAUAUUACUGGUUGACUUGACUUAUUAAAAACAUGAUAUUGUGGUGGAACAGUGAAAACAGUUCAGGUUUUGCUGAAAGUUUUUUCUCCAAGUCUCAUUUUAUAAAGCAUAUCUUAUGUAUCAAUUUC